AUGACCUCCCAAUUGGCAAGCACCGGACGGGUGACCGACGUAUCCGGAGUAUGGCGCGCUGUCAUAUGUAGACUGAUUGCGACUUCGGCUCAAUUCUCCAGAGGCUCGAAAUGGGAUCAGAUAGUGGUUGCAGCACUAUUGAAACAAACCCUGCUCGCCGUCCCAACUCCUCCUGCUGCAUACUGCAUGAUGCCCGAGUUCCCUAGGGUUCUGCCACGGAUUACCUGGUUUGGUGGUAUGCAGGGAGAGAAGGGUCGGAGAAGGGGUAGAAGCAUGGUGAAUGGUGAGAAUAUUACUGCUAGUCAGGAUUAUCGCAAGUGGGAUACUCCGCGACUUGUACAACACUACCACUUUUACCCUGCUAUAGUCCUGUCCUAUCUAACUGCCAGGAGACAUAUGUACUCGAUCAUCUGCAAGCCAAGCCAAGCCGAGCCAACCACCCAAUCAACCAACCAACCAACCAACAUCCCAUAAAUUCCAUACUUACAAAGCAAAGUAGCCUGAUAAAUAACCAUCAAUAAAUUACCUACUCAACCAAGUCGUAUACUUGGCAAGCCUCUAGUAUCCAUACCGUAAUCAAACAUAACAUACAACAUUACUCAUGUUCUUGGCUUUCCAUAAACAUACAUCCGACAUCCGGC